AUGACUUAAAAUAAAGAUAGCCGAGUAGCUUCGACUGGAAACAGAACUUAGAUUUUACAGUCUGUAGAGACAAGAAAAGAGUAGUCAUUACCACCUCGAUAAAAAUCGAUCCAACAAUCAAUGGUAAAAGGAAUGAGUGGAUUAUUGGGGGCAAACUUCGAUCGCCAAAAUAUAACAAGAGAAGAGACCUAAGAUGGUAAGUAAACUUCGAAAUUCAAAUACUUUUAAGUUGAUAUAAAGCAAUCUUAUUAAAUUUAAUGUUAGAUGGUCAAUUUUUCAAGAGAUGAGAGUCCAAAUCCAAAGUAAUACAAGCAACUUAAUCAUACCAAUAUACAAGAGGAGAGUGGGUAAUUGGGGUCAUAAUAUAGAAGCAAAUAACUCCUGUCCCAGAGUUUUUUAAAGAAGAUUAAUAUGAAUGAGUAUUCAAUGGAGAAUCCCAACAGUUAAACAAUGAUCAAUAAUAAUAACAACACGAAGAUGAUAAAGUAAAGCUAGUAGUCUGGAGCAUUAAUGCAAAUAUAAUAAAACGAGUAGCAAAAACAGAUAAAUUAGGAGAUCGCCAGAAUUAAUGCUGAGAUUGAAAAGAAAGGAUUUCUUAAAAUAGGCGACAUUAUCUCACUUAGUUUCAUUGAGAAAGUUCAUGAUGGAGACACUAAGCAUAAAGCUGCAGAAGAUCAAGAGCAUGUAGGUGCUUAAUUAGCAAAGAUCACUGAGAAGCCCAAAAUGAUUUACAAAGGAGUUGUUAUGAGUGAUGGUGUGACUAAUAAAUCAUUUAGGGUUGUGCCUAGAUCAUUCACAGCAUAAGAAAACUUUGAGGGAGAAAUCAAAACAGUGUAUUUGCCAAUGAAUGGUAGCUAGUCAUUUUAGAACUGCCUAUUCAAAAUUGAGAUUGCUUAGGACUGCAAAUACAAUAUGAUUCACUAGGAACUUAUUAAAAAGCUUUAAGAAUUAAAUAUAGAUCUAGUAGAUGCUGAUAAAGAAACUUAGGAGUAAAUUUUAGAUAGAAUCGAUGAAUGCUAAAGUUUAAUUUAAGCAAAUGAAUCAUUAUUAAGAGAAGAAAAGAAAAACAAUGAAUAUGAGUAAAACAUGAAUCUGGGGUAAAAAAUCUCAUAUGGAUUGAAAAUACAAUUAAAGCAUCAAUUUAGUGGGCAGUACUUCACUUUAAACCCAAAAAGGAUAAGCUAAGAGCAUGGAUGUGUGGCUUUGUAGUUGAAAGAUUUAUGUGAAGAUUCUUGGUUUUGUCUAAUGCCCUCUUAAAAGAUCAAGUUUUAAGGUUAAUCAAUAUCAUACCUUGAUUCGUUUUACAUUUAAAAUUUCAUCCCUGAUAAGAUUUCCAAACCUAAAUUCUUUGUUCAUGUUAAUACCUAUGAAAUUCAAUAAGAAUGGAAUGCUGCUGUUCUAGAAAUGAAUGGAAGUUAUGAGGCUUCUAAACUCAAAGCAAGGUUGUUUAUGGACUAUAAUUAUAGCUAAACUGAUAAUAAGACAUUUUAAUCAGGAGACACUUUUAGACUUUACCACAAAGAGGCUAAAGGCUUCCUGUCAGUAAAUGAAAAAUAAGUCGAUCUUAUGUUACCCUCUUUUCCAGAUUUUCUUUAAAGAGAAAUCAAAUAAAAGAGUCAAACUGGACUUGCAAAUGAAAAUAAUAAGAACGAUGAUGAUGCAGAAAAUGCCAUAAAAUAGAAAGAAGAUGAAAAAAAGCUACAAAAAUCUAAGAUUUUUAUCGAGAUUGAUCCUAAUAGUUUGAUUGUAACUAAUAGCUAUUGGGAGAUUCAAAAAGUAAAGCCAUUUAGAGGCGGAUCGAUUCUUUGGGAUGACGUCUAUAGGAUUAAGCAUAUUGGGACUGGCAAAUAUCUAGCACUAACCUCAGACAAAUUAGAAUUAGCCAUGAAAUCAGAAGCAGAUGGACUUGAUACAUUAUUUAGAUUCAGAAGAGAUUAAUAUCAUCCAAAUAUGGGAGAUGUUUUUGAAGAACUUAAAAGUGGUGAGCUAAUACUCCUGGAAAGCAUUUUCAAUAAAUUUAUUCAGAUAUAUUAAGACUUUAAUGAUGAACAGCUUGUCAAAUUUGAAUACAAUUUCAAAUCUUAUCACUAAAAGUUAGCUCAGGAAGGAGCUGAUAGUUAAAUUCCUACAGUAUGUGGCAGAUUUGCUAAAGAAGACGUUUCUAAAAUGGUUUUUGAAAUUCAAUAGGUACCAAAAGAUUUGGCUAUGAUAGCCUAUUUAGGAUUUAGCUAUUUCAAUUACCUGAUUAAUCUAUAUGCCUUCAUAAAUCUUUGGGGUGUAGCUUCCACCGACGAUGAUAAUGAUGCUGUUGAUAACUUCAAGUAUGAUUCGGACGAAGCAAUUUUGCAAGAGGAUUAACUAGUCUAAACUAUUGAAGAUUUUGAGAUUGUGAUAAAUUAUAUCAAUGACAUCUUGAAUAUGGCGAAAGCUAAGGAUAGAAUAUUUUAUGGCUAAGUUUAAACUUAACUAGCAGAAUAAGGGCUACUUUAAAUGCUUUUGAAACUAUUGGAGUUAAUGUACUAUAAGACUGUAAAUUACGUCGAUAGAGAUCCUCCCUUUUAAAGUGCAAAAGAGAAAGGAAUUAAAGAUGAUAGGAAAGACUUAGAUUAAGAUGAAGUUGAAUAAAUAGCCCAAGAAUAUUUGGACCCUGCUAUAAGAUCCGUUCUUAAAACAGUCCAUUUGCUUAUAAAAGGUAACGUAAGAAAUGCAAAUAUAAUGACUAAGUACGAUGACAUAAUCUUUAACAUGAUGAGUAGACACCCUAUUCAACUAGUAGCAAAACUUUUCAAAGAAACCUAUAAAAGAGCUACUUAUAUUCAUUACGAUACUGCUGCCUCAUACAUACAUGCAGAUGGUCUUGAUCUCAAAGUUAUUCAUGAUGUAUCUCAGAAUUCAAAUUAAGUUAAUGUCAAUCAGUAAUAGAAAUGGGUGAAAUUGCUAGAAACUGUUUACUUUUAGGAUGAAAUUAAGCAAAAUAUAGAAAAAUAAAUACUUUUCCUUAAGGUAAUAGGAAAUAUGUGCAUCAAGGAUGAUGGAAGCCCAGUUUAUCACUAUUAGGUUCAGGCUGUUAUCAAUGUAUUUUCAAAUGAAUAGGAUAUCCCCCUGAAGUUUAGUGUUUAAAAAAGAGAAAUCGAUAGGCUCUUCGUAUCGUUUACUAAAAAGAAGUCCGAAAACAUUGACAUUUUUAUGGUUCGUAAUCCAAAUUUAAGAGAUAUUUACAAGUAAAAUUAAACUGGAUAUGCUAAAGAGUUUGAAAUCACCUUUGAUUUAUAAGAAAUGACUUUGAAGUAUGAAACAUGCAUGCCUUAUAUUAACUAUAUAUGCGCAGUUAUUGAUUUAUACGCAAAUAUGUGUAUAGGCAGAAACGCUGAUGCAAUUAAAAGAGUCAGAGAAAUCGGAAUAAGCCCUGAUCUAGUAAUUAAUGUUCUUUAAAAUAAGAACAUUCAUGAGAAAUUUAAAGCUUCAAUAAUUAAAAUUGCCAAAGUAGCAUUCAUUGAUUGUGAUCCUUUCCCUACUCUAGCAAAAUCUAAAAAUAGAUGCUUCUUUUGGGAAGGAGUUGGAAAAGCCCAUCCAUAAAGAACAAUGUAUGGUUGGGAAAAACUUAAAUACGAAAAUGUCCAUUAAAACAAGAUUAUUUCAAAUUAACAAGAGUCAAUUAGAGAAGCUGUAGAGAAGGUUAGACAGCUUGUGAUGUAAUUCUUCUCUACUGGGCCAUCAGACAUUAUUGAAUUCCUUUACAGUUAUGCUACUAAAACAUAUACAAGAGAAGAUGUUGACCCCAAGCUAAAGCUACUAUUAAAUUAUAUGGAUACUUCAAUUUCCUUAAUAGAAUGUGAGCAUGUUGAUUCUAGAUUUAUUUAUCGAAUGAUUAAAACUGCAGCACUAAUAUUUUUAAGUUACAAUAUUGACGAAAUGCCUGAGGAAGGUGAAAAAAGUUGGAUUGUAAGGUUCUUGAAAGUAGCAAAAAAAUAAAGAGGAUGUGAGAAUAAAAUUGAACAACUAGAGAUUAGAACAUUGUAAAUGCUAAAAAUUCUUUGUAAAUUUAGAUUAAACAGUCAAAUAAUGCUAUUCUUAAAGCUGUUCAAGAAAAUGCAAGAGGAAAAUGAUCUACCUUAAGUUUUUAUUGAUCAAAAUGAGCAUGACAUUAAAUUCAACAUCAUAUUUCAACUUUAUCAGUUUGGAACUGAUUUCAACUCAACAUCAAAGUUGCUUCAAGAUGUAAAGUCAUUAUUUAGCAAGAUAAAAGAUAAUGCCUAGCGUGGAACCAUCUUAGAAAUAGACCUCAUUAACCUUUCAGAUAUAGAUGAUGAGAUAAAAGAUGACCCAACUAUGAAGGCUCUCAAGAAGAAACAGUAAAAUGCAGAUGCUGUUGAGUUGACUGAUGAGCAGAAAGAGGAACUAGAGCUCAAGAAAAAAAGGAAGCUUAGAAAUAAAAAAUAUUCUUUAUAUGACUUCCUUCUAUUUAUGAUUUUCAAGAAUAAUUUGAACCAUUAGAUUAAAGAUAAUGCUGCAGAGGUGCUUGUUAUGAACUUUAAACAGAGAUAAACUCUUAUGCAGGAACUCAUUAAAGUAGAGUUGAUAAUUUCAAAUUAAGACCAGCAGGAGUAUUAAGAUUUCAAGUUUUAAACCUACAGGUUGAAAGAGCACAUUGACUAACUCAUUUCUGAUGACUUAAAGUAUUUGUUCUUUACGAACCCAGAUAACGAGAAAAAGAAGAAAUGUAUUUAGGAUGUUACUAAUAUCCUCAGAGGUCUCACCCAGAGUUUAAAAUAAGAACCAUUAAGACUGUUUAAAAAGUAAAAUAUGCUGAGACACCUUGAUGUCUCUGAUGAACUCGUAAACAGAAUGAUGAAGAACAUAUGGUAUAAGCAUCAAGAUCACUACGAGUUGUUUAAUGAAAUCUCCCAUUUCCUGUUUAUGUUUACUUUCGAUAACCCCAACAAUCAAAGAUCGCUAUGGCCUCAUCUAAACUAUCUGGUGAGUCUUAUUGAUAGGGAUAUUCCAAUCACUAAAUUAAUAGCAAAGAUAAUCUCAGCUCAUAGUAAUCAGGAAGAAAGCUAGCAAUUUCUUGAAUUCUUGCUAUUCAAGCUUUCCAAAGGCAAUUAAUUCAAGUCUUUUCUCCUAAGACUACUGGUGUUAAUGACAUAUAACAAUCCGAAUAAUAAGAUAUAAAUCAUGAAAAGAUUAAUAAAAAAGAAGCAUUUUAGGUCUAGACUUUAUCUGGAUUCUGAAUAAUUCUAGAACAAGCUUACAAUUUUGACAUAAUACAGAAAGAAAUUAGGAUAGGUAUAGUCUGAUAAAGCUCUCAAGAAUGAUGAGGAUUGGGAUAGAAUAUGCCAGCAUUUAUAUACUGUAGACCUAAUUGCAGCUUGUGCUUCUAAUUCAGUUUAUGGAAUUCAGUAAGCAAGAAAACUUAUGGCAGACCCAGAACAUCUUUUCCUCAAUAUAAAUGUCGAAGCUAUGCCUUUCUUAUUCAAGAAGCACUACUUUAGGUUUUUAUUCGAAAUUUACAUUAAUGAUGUGGAAGAUAUAUCGAAUCUUGAUCUGAAUUCUUAGAGAUUCUAUGAUACUCUUAGAUUCAUAGUUAGAGAUGAUUUGAAGAGUUACCCCACAUACUACACAGGACUCGUAACUAAAAUCCUCCCAGAUGCCAAAAGGGAUAAUGAAAACGAAAAGAAUAGAGAGGGAAAGCUGUAAUCCCUUGAGAAGAUGUCCAAAUUUUAACUAUAAAAAAUGGCAUAAAGUGAUUAAAAUAGACAGAUGCUGGAUAACUACAGAGAAGAAAAGGCAAAAGCUGGUACAGUAUUAAGAUGCACUAAGUCAAUUCCCUUAAUUAAUGACUUAGACUUUUCUGAGUAUUGGAACUACCUAUCGAGAUAUUAAAAGUCAACAAACAGAGCAGAUGGACUACUGCACUUUAUUCGAGACUUCUAUAAUACAAUUAAAAGAUCAAAGCAUAGAAUGAGCACAAGUUUAAUCACAAUUACAGCUGAAAUCAAAGAAAUUUUGAUUAAAAUGAGUGAUGACUUGCACAGUGUUCUUGAGAAAGGUAAAUAAAAUUUGAUAGAUGUUGAGUCUAUAAUAUAUCAUAUUAAUGAAGCUAUUGCCAGUAUACCUAAAUUAAACAUACCCAAAGGAGGAUUUAAGCAUGACUAGGGUGAGGAUAAUGAAGCCUAACUAAUGACCGAGGAAAGUCAAAUGAAUGAAUUAGACGAUUCUAAAAUGCUUGACAUUAGAAUGGCUUCAGACAAAAUCCUUAAGAUUGUUCGAGAUUAUAUCAUCAGUAAGAACUGCUAGAUUAAAGAGGCUUUUGGAAUUGAGAGUAUUUCAAAUGAUGAGUAUAUCUCUAAAUUCUUACUCAAGAAAAAGCUCAAAGAUAUUGCUGGCACUGAAGCCUCUUUUGAGGAGAUAGAUAAGGCUAUAACCUAUUUCGUAGACUUUUCAAAGGAAUAGGAGCAGGAGAGAAAGAUCAUGCAGGUUGAUAUUGGCUAAGAAGGUCACAUACAUCCUAGAAUCGCACCUGACUUGACUUCAGAACUCAAUUUUAACUUUAGAGACUUCGAGAUUUUGCUUAAGAAAGUUCUUCAAAAAGCAGGAUACAAGCCACCCCAUUAGAAGCGUGAGAGACAAGUUGAGGGAGAAAUUAUCUUAUUUAAGAUGGAGGAUGAAGAGUUGUCAGUCGCUUGCAGCAGUGAUUUAAAACUUUACGCGAAAUGCUUCUUUGAUUUCUGCCAAAGAUAUAAAAGUACUGAUGAAAUAAAGGACAUUGUAAACAAGAUUAGUAAUAUUUUCAACAAAGCCUUUGAAAAAAAUUAGACUGAAGCAAUCAAGGAAUUGAUUGAAAAUAUGAUUUAAGGAUUUCAGAAAGAAGAGCAAAAGUAUUAUUUAAUCAAGAUGCUUCGAAUGUUAUUGGAAUAAUACAUGGCUUCAAACUUUGACGAAGAUACCGAAUAAGAAGUGUUACAAAUUGCAAAAAGAAGACUGACAUAACUUUAAGAAAUAAUGAAAGAGUGCCAAGUUUGCCAAAUUGUCCUUAAACUUAUUACAAAGCAUGAAAUUUUAGACAACUCCUCUGAAGCGAUUCUGCUAUUGAUUGCUCUGCUAUCAGGAUCAAACUCAAUUAUAUAAGAUGAGCUACUGACCAUUCUAAAAGCAAGCAAGCAAUAAUUCUUAUUCUUUGAAUAUAUUAAAAUCAGACUAGCUCAUAGCUCUCAAAAAUUAAUUACUGAUAGCGAGUAAAAAAUACUGAUUCAAUCUUAACAUGAUGACACAAGCUAAAACUAAGUUAAAGCUCCCCAUAAGCAGAAAUACUCUUAUCAAUAAUUAGCAUUAGUUUCUAACAAUGAAAUGGUCCUCAAAAAUAUUAACUAGUAACCUUUUUAUAUGACUGCAAAAUAUGAUUUCGAAAAUGAAUUGGAAAAAUUAUCAUAGUAGCAAUUAUCGAAUGAACUCCUCAACAUAUUAAGGCUAAUAUAGCUUCUUUGUCAUGGAUGUCACGAAGGAUUCUAAAAUUACCUCAGAAAUCAAGAGGAUUAUAAUAAAGAUAGAGAGUAUGUGACAACUAUUAAUAUUUUAUUUGAAGCAUUAGAGCAAACUCUAAUUUCACUAAUUGAUCUUGUCUAAGGUCCAUGCACUUAAAAUUAGAUUCAAUUAGGCCAGUGGAAAAAUUUUUGCAGAGCAUUGAAUUUCUUUUUUGCCUAAGACUUUGGCUACUAUAACGCAAACACAAUGUAGCAGAAGGCAAAAUUAACUCUUUUUUCUCUUACGUCGAGAUUACUUCUCUCCUUAGUUGAUUCAGAUAAUUCAAUUUUCAAAUAGCAGCAACUUCAAGAGAUAUUCAAAGAAAUUAAACCUUUCUACUUGAAGUAGAAAAUGAUAGAAGUAUUUUAGUUUAAAAUUGGUGGAGAUUAAAAGAAGAUCAAUAUUUAUAUGGCUGAUAAAGUAAAUCAUAAUUUUAAAUGUAUUAUAGAGAUGUACUCAUUAUUUGAGGCAUGGAGUAAAGUGAAAGACUGUGAUUUUGAUUUGACGAAUGAUGAUUUUUACCAGGAAUUUAAAGAUUAAUACAUGCCUAAGCUUAAAAAGAAAUCAAUUGUCUCGAUUGAAGCAUACUAAUAGAGGAUAAAGGAUGAUAAUUAAUCAGCUGAAGUAAACAGAAAAUAAAAAGCAGAAGAAUUAUUACAGCAAAUGGUUCUAUCAGAGCCUGCAUAGAGGAUGUUUCCAUAGAAAGAAGAUCCCAAGAAGAAAAAAUAAGAAGACUUAUUGAAUGAGGGUAUAGAUCAAGAAUAAACUACUAGAAUUGGAGGCUAUAAUAUGGAUGAUGAUGGUCCCAUUGAGGAUCAAAUUAUUGUGAGAUCAUUAACAACAAGAUAUGGCCGGAAAAUAGAGGGUAAAUGUAAAAGGUUUUGCUGCCUUAGGAGUGAUCCAAGUUUAGGCAUAUUUACAAGAAUACUACACUUAUUUGUUUAUUUCACUUGCUGCACUUGUUUUAGAAAGCAGAACAGACUCAGAAAUAACUAAAUAUUAAUGAUCAAUGGAGGUGAUGAUUAAAAUGAUGAGUUAUUACAUUCAACUGAGCACAGUGAAAAUGACAAAAUAUUUCGAAAAAAGACAAAAGCAGGGCUUAUUAAGCAAGAGCUAGAUGACUAUAAAUAAUUAAAGAAAAGUUUGAAAAAAUAGUUCAAAUUUGAGCCUGUUUAUUCAUUCGAGUAAUUUAAACUAGAUACAGCAAUAAGAUUUUAUAUAUCUAAUGUUGCAAGCGUUGAAGUAGAUUUUAAAGGAAAGCUUGUAGGCAUUAUGUUUAAAAUACCAUCAUUUUGUACAUUUAUGUCGAUAAAAACAAAGGACGAAAUUGCUCAUGAUACAACUUAAACGAGUUAAAUGGAUAAACUUGAGGAUAUAUUUGUGAAAACUCAAUUGAUUGAAUCUGAAAUGAAGAGUGUUUAGAGGCUUGCCAGAAGAUCAUACCUUCUAUCCUUACUAAGUACAAAAUACCAAAGAUUAUCUUAAAUUUCCUAUGGAUUGAUUGUUAUAAUCAAUUUCAUCUUGCUGGUGUUUUACAAAGCAAAAGGAGAAAAUUCAACGACACUUUAAUAUUCAUAAAUCGAAUCUAUUACUGAGAUUCUAGCAAUAAUAUAGAUGUUUAUUGCAUUACUGAUCUACUUAUCUUACCAAUAGAGAUAUCAUGGAGUUUUCUGGCAGAAAUAUCAAGUGUAAUAAAAGAGAGUGAAAUAAAUUCACCUUACUGAAUUUCAGGGCUCUUGUGGAUUCGCCUACAGCCAUUCAUUCACAAAAAAGUCAAAAAUAGGCUAAAAAAAUAUAGAUGAAAUCAUAUUGUCUGAGGAAUAACUAUCCCAGAGAAGAAUGCAAGUCCCUGUAAUGAGAAGAUUUAAAGAGUACCUUUCAUACGUGGUAUAAUCAUUUUGGAUAGGACUAAAGAUUGAUUUGACAUAGAGAUAUAAUUAUGUCCAUCUAGUGCUUUCUAUUGUUGGAUUAUUUUACUUCCCAAUUUUUAGUGUUUUACUUUUGGAGUUAGUAAUAAAGGUACCAAUUUUAUCCAGUGUAAUGGGAGCUUUGAAUAAAAAUCGAAGUCAAAUAAUCAAUACAUUACUCUUUAUUGCUGCAGUUACAUACUUUUAUGCCAUGAUUUCAUUUAUGUACUUCAGAGAGAGCUACAUAGAUAUUGCUAAUAGAUUUGAAGAUCCAUCUCUUAAUAACUACUGCUCUACAAUGAUAGAAUGCUUUACAUCUACUUUAAGCAAUGGCUUGAGAGGAAGUGGGGGUAUAGGCGAUUCACUCUCCUAAUUAAUAAAGAGUGAACCAGACUAUUGGGGAAGAUGGAUCUACGACUUGUCAUUCUUCUUGAUUAUUAUAGUUUUGCUUUUGAAUCUGAUACUUGCUAUUAUUAUUGAUGCUUUUGCUGACAUUAGAGAUGAUAGAAAGUAGAUGAAAUCAGAGAUUAAAGAAAAAUGCUUCAUUUGUGGUUUUAAUAAAAAUCACUUUGAAGAACACAAUUAUUCUUACUAGGAUCACAUUCUUAGAGAGCAUAACCUCUUCGCUUAUGUAUAUUUUCUAUUGUAUUUGCAAACUAAAGAUCCCAAAGAGCUAAGCGGGGCUGAGAUUUAUGUUAAAGAGUUAUUUUAUAAGAAGGAUGCUAAAUUUUUCCCUGUAAACAGAUGUCUCGCUUUUGAAAAUAACUGA